AUGGUGUCACGGACAGGAAGAGAUAGAGAAAUCACAGCGCGCUCCUUCCUCCCCAGGCGGACAGGUAAGGCGACAACUAUUCUGCGUGCGUCAGCUGCGUCCUCGAAAACGCCCAUUACGCUCCGGUGCGCGGCAGGUGUAGCCCCGGACCCACCCACAAGACAAACUCCCGUCAGGCAGAAGCAGCAGCCUGUCAGACUUCAGCAGAGCAACGCAGAAGAGAAGAAGCACCAACAGAUUCCAGAUUUCCAGAGAAACGGAGAGGACUUUCCUGCUUCAGUGGACAGACUACGGCAUCGAAUAGAAGACAAGGUUCGCAUCCUACAGUCGCACAUUGUUGAAGACCGGCAGGGUUCGGUGUGUGAGGACAACGCAGGAAGAGCAGGACUGUGGAAGUUCACUGCUCUGAGUGAGGACCUGACCUUUCACCUCCAACAGCUGCAGAGGCAGACGGAGCAGGAGCUCACUAACAUACAAACACAACUCUUUCAGAUUGACGGCCGCCAGCAGCUGCUGACCACUGAGCUCCUUGAUCUUCGGGAGAAGAAGAAACAGACAGAAGAAGAGCUGAAGAGAAGUCCGUGCCUUCAGACGUCGACUCUUCAGUUGUGUGCUUUUCGGGAGCUUCAGGCCUCCAUUACUGAGUGUCUGGUCCAGUCUGAGAGGCUAGUGUUCCAGAAGGACGCACUGAGCACACUGCAUAACCUGCUGACGCAAGACCUGCAGAGGUAUCAGGAAGAGACUCAGAGACUGAGCUGUUUCACACAGAAGAUACUUGGGAAACCCAACAGGCCCAACAGAGAGGAAACCUUCACCAGCUGGCAGACUGAACACAGCAUGCAAGGAAAGAACGAGACAGAACAAGGAAACAACAUGCAUGCACCAGAUACCUCCUCUUCCCCGUCGCCACUUAGUCCCCAACAGACUGCCAAUGAAAAAGAGGCAGUUAAGAAACCAACUGCAGGCCAGUCCAACAGUUCAUACCUGCAACGAGCCAACAGCAUCAAAGACCUGAUCAGUAAAUUCUCUGGUCCACAUCACGGCUCUGCUUCCAAAUCUUUCGAGUCCAAGUCACUGAGCUUUGCCGCACAAGAUGAGAGUCCAGUUCCCGACAUCACUGUGACACCUGCAUUCGGGGAAACAACUCAGAAUGGGUUUCAUUUUAAAACCGCUCAGACAACUGCAAGGAUUGAAUGUCCAGAAGGAGGCGGCACUGAGAAGACAGACUCAGAACCAAGGACCAAAACACAAACCGUAGACUCUGGUAGUGAUUCAGUGACUGACUCUGGCAUGGGAUCGGAGUCAGAAUUUGAUUCAAACAAGCAGUCAGACAGCCCGACGGAAGAAGAGCCCACCACCCCUAAAGUUGUGUCGGUCAGCAAUAAUCCCAAAUAUCAACUGUACCUCAACAAUGAGCUGAAGACCAACGGGUUGAGUGGCAAGGAUACAGAUGGUCUGGGAGGCAGCAUGUCGGCUGGGGAGAACGGCCCCAGACUUGCCCAAUGGGAGACCACCCGGCAGGGAAUGAACCACUACCGUGGUUCCCUAGAGUCUCUGGCCUCACGGGACUGGGACACUAUGUCUGACAGGUUUUUGUGCAAUCCCAUCUACAGGAAAAAACACAGAUUUAAGGCGGGUAUCAUUGACAGCCCUCCCAGGGUGUUCAACAGUCCGUACGCAACGCCCACCUCUGUGGAUUACAACCCAAUGUACAGAAUGUCUGAGUUUAAGGGUGGAUUGUCUCCUGCCACCUCUGAGAUGAACCUGUACAGCUUCAACAGUCGCAGCACCAGUCCCGUGAGCAUACCUACACCCACCCUCGCCGCUCCUCGACCACGUUUCUCCGCCUACGACGCUCUAGUGAGGAGGAGGCUCGAUUCAAACAACACGGUGGUACACAACCACUACACCAUGCGCUCUAACACUCUGGGGACACACAACAAAAAGGACUUUAUAGAGGAACUGACCAAACAGCUGGAUGAAUGCCAAAGGCGAAACCAGUUCCUGGAGGCGGAGAGUGUGGAGAUGGAGAAGGAGAGGAACCAGAUCAGGUUUGAGAUGCGUGGUCUGCUGGUGAACAACGAGGACCUCCUGAGGACCAACACUCAGCUGAGUAACGAAGUUAAGAGGCUGAGAGAUCAGAUAAUGGAGAUAGAGAGGGGGAACCAGUCCAUGGGAGAGAGAUACAGAGCGAUGGAGAUUGAGGUGAAACAAGCCAGGGACAUGAUGUUGGAGGCCAACAACCAGGAGUACGCCUUCAACUUCCUCCAGCAGUCACUCAAAAACAAGAUCCAGGAUGCUGAGGACAACCUAGAAAAGGAGACGCAGCAUUCAAAGAAGCUAGCUGAGAAGUUGUGGAUGGUGGAGAGACAACUGGAGGAGCUGGAAGUCGACAAAGACAGCAAAGACAAGAAGACAUCUGAACUGAACUGCACCAUUGUCCGACUGGAGGCUGAGCUGGCCGAGGCCCUGCAGAUGUCCACGCAGGCUAACGCUGAGCUGCACCUGCAGCAAAAACUGCGCGAGGAUGAUCAUCUCAGGGUGGAGGAGCUGGAGGAGACUCUGCUGGAGAAGGACCAGGAAUUGCAGAAGCUGCAGGCUACAGUCAGCAGGCUGCAAGGAGAGGUCUCUGGUAAACUGAUUGAUAAGGAGAGGACGCUGGAGGAGGAGAUCCAGACCAGAGAGAGGCUGCAGCUGAUGUGUAAGCAGGCCGAGAGGACGGUGGAGGACCUGACCAUGGAGCUGCAGACCGCAAACCAGGCCAGAGAUGACCUGGCCAAACAGCUCAAACUGGCUCAGGAACAAAUGAUCGACCUGGAGAGUGAUGUGGAGGAGCUGCAAGACAGUGAGCAGAGAUGGGCCGCCAAGCACAAGAGAGCCAUUGAACAGACGGAGCAGCUGCAGAUGAAGCUGAUUCAGGAGAAGGAUCUGAGUGACCAGCUGGAAACUGAGAAGACCUUCAUGGAGAGACAGUUGCGUGACUUGCGUCUGGAGGUGGAGGAGCUGCAGAGCUCCAGAGUUCAGGAGGACGUCAUCUCCAGGGCUGAAACUAAAGUCAAGGAGCUGGAGAACACCCUGAGGAUCGAGGAGAGGAGCAAAGCGACUCUGGCAAGCACCAUUAGUAAACUGGAAAGGAAGAUCAACGAGCUGAAUGAUCAGCUGGAGGAGGAGCACCGGAUAUCUAAUGAGCAGAAAGACCUGCUGACCCAGAGGAUCCGCAGUCUGAAGCGGCAGCUGAACGAGGUGGAGGAGGAGGCGAGCAGGAAGGAGGCGCAGUUCCGCCACGCCAACAGAGAGCUGGCCGAGGAGAGGGAGACAAACAGCCGGCUGCAGAGGCAGCUGCUUGACCAACACCUGCAGAACAAGCGUAAGGAGGCCCUGAACAUCCGUCAAACGCUGGACAGCCUGAGGCUGGACCUGAGCGUCGACGAUGAAGACGAAGACCAGCCCCCGCAGGAAGAGACGACCACUGUCACCAAAGUCUAAACAUCGCCCCCCCGACGCCACCGUCUGUCAGUAUAAAACGAGAGUGUACAUAGAGAUAUAAUGAUUGUUUAAGACAUUAAACAGAUGACUUCUUUCAGCCCGUUCAACUUUUUAAAGGAGAAGAAUCUCUGUGUCUCUGGUGUGUUGCUGGAUUUUUGGUGUCUUCACAGGACUAAAAAAAACAAAAAACAAACAAACCCUGCAGCACUUUGUAAGCUGUCUUCUCAAAGCUGAAAUGUUUGUUAGCAUUUUAUUUUAAACUUAUUGCAAUUUCCUAAUAAUUUCCUCAGAGAGAAUAUAAAUAUUCAUAAAUGAUGGUGCUGAGCUGUGGAAAACCAGCUCUACGCUCUUCAUGUUGCCAGUUUAACUCCAUCACUAGAUUAUGUUUGAAAAUUGCAAAUAGUUUAUGUUGGAAAUCUGCACAACACACCCACUGAUUACCCUCUACUAGAAGAACCAUAUGUGUGAGUCCACCUGGAAGCUCCUAGACGUUCCUAGCUCCUGGAUGAUAUGUUCUCCAUUAGCCUGGGAAAGCCAUACACAGUUCUUAUUAGAAUGUGAGUCUGGUAACGCAUUUGGGAUUUCAUUAUGGGGCGUGUUUACACUGAGAUAGACAAAAAGAGCCUCUACCUGCACUCCAUCACCGCAUAAAGCCCACCCAAAUGGUUUGAUUUGCUCUUCCAAUCUUUGCCAGAGCAUAAUCAGUUCCCAAACGGAGCGAUUCCAGAUCAACAUCACGCCACAGAAAUUGUACUGGAAAGGAAGUGUGUCUUGCUUCCAGGCUCGUUCUAUGUAAGAAUAACAUAAGAAUCAUGAUCAGCUCAUUUACCAAAGAAUAACAUAAGUGUACAGAUUACAUCAGUAGCUUAAAAGCUUUAAAGUCUCAAAUUCUCAAUGGUAAAAGAUAGACUUUGUUUUUUUGUUUUUUUAUGGGAAUGGGAAUAUUUUUUGUUGGGUUUCCAGAAGAGAAAUUUCUUGUAAAUUCAACUAACUUCUCCUAUUUAACAGUGUUUCUUUUAUACGACGUCUACAGUCUGCAUGGGGAUGAAUUUUCCGUGUUGUAGUAUUUUGAUUAUUUGACGGUUCUCAAGUAGAACCCGUGCUUAAGAAAUGGGAACCCACGCACACGUCUCAUGAACUCACUCUUACAAGGUUGUGAAUACCAGAAGAGGGCGCCGUUCACGCAACCAGGUAUAACAGAGAGGUAACUGCUGGAUGUUCGGAGGUGACAGUAGCUGUUCUCCUUCACACGAAGACCCAGUAAACACAUUAUUUAUAUUGAACGUUCCUGCUGUUUUUAUGAUUGAAGAUUAUUGCGUUCCCUGCGUUUUCAAUUGCUUGCUGGGCAGACGUUUAAUUUUAGAGGAUGCAAUGAUUUUGAGAGUUCACUUUCAGGUAUUUCAGGAGGGUUUUGCUGCUGCAUUGAUAUAACUCACUACGUUGCCCGCACACAGUAUCUGUAUAUAAGAUUUAGAUAUAAGAUGUGUGUCAGCCAGGAAGAGAAAAAAAAAAAUAAAAUAAAAUAAAAUAAAAAGCCAGGAAGAAAAUCUCUCAUUACAGUUUGUAUUAUUGUAUUAUCAUGAUUCAGUCAAACCAAACAAAAACCCAGGGCACCUUAGACCAUACAGGAAUGAUAGUUAUAUGUUUACUUAAUGUACUGUUUGGAAAUGUGUUAAAGGGUGGUAGAGGUAAAACAAAAAAAUGUAUGGAAGUGUGUGGUAUUCUCAUCAUGUUUUCUGACGUUCACCGUGAAUUCAGACAUUACAUCUAACGAUACACAGUAAAAAGUACUUAAUCGAUAGAUCAGAGGACAGGUUCAAAUACAGAGCUCAUGUGCAACUCACUCAAUCAAGAUGGUGACCAUAGAUUGAGAAGUGUUGUCAACUGUUUCUUUAUACUGCGGUUUCACUGGCAACUGAACUUUGAAGCAAAAGGAAUCUUAAAAACCUGUUGUGAGGAGAGUGCCACGCAUUUCCAUACACAUGCUCUGUGGUUUUCUGUCACACCCGUUGAAUGUCUUUCAUGCUCUUGUUUUAGAGGACAUAGUUAAUUAUUAUUUUUUUGUUUGAAUAGAAAACGUAGUGCAGAGACAGAAACAGGACUGUGUCAUUCAAUCCGAAUCAACAGUUAAAUAUGACACAAUUCAUUCUCAGAUACACGAAAGACCCAAAAGACUUGUCAGUGCUUUAAUUUGAAGGAGACUAACUUCCUGCCGAUUGUCCUGCCCAGUUUUGUUCUCGCUGUCUUCUGCAUGUUAGCUGCUUGAAGGAUGCCUGUAAAAAAAUACAUAAAGCUAAUAGUUGUAUGCAGUUUGAAUUCUUGUUAUGUUUACAUUUGAUGGUGUAUUUUGCUUUUCUUUUUUUGGAGGGGAACAGUAGCACAAAUUCACAAGAGUGUUGUAGUUCAGCUGUAAUUGCUAAACUGCUUUUUGUGUGUGUGUGUGUGUGUUUUUUUUUAUUAUUUUGGUUAAUCUAAAAAAAAAAAAAAAAAAAGAUGAUGGUAUCUACAGAAAUGUAAAAAUUAAAUAUGUUGACCUAUUUUUAUAACUACACUUCACAUUCUUACUGGUUCAUCUGUUUGUGGGUAUUUAUUAUUCAUGUUCUCUUUUUUUGGUGAGAAGUUUCUUAGUACAAAAUGCAAAUAAAUUCUUCUCCACUAAGA